AUGGCUUGGAUGAGUGGACUCAUCCAAAAUGGAACCUGCAGCUGUAAAGCAGAAGACAGAGUCAUCCCGAGUUUAGCGGCAUCCAUAGAUGCAACUGUGUUGAUUACAUCUCGACCAUGGAGAAUGUCACAACAGCCCGUUAAAGACACGAAUAUCAACAAGUAUUUUGAGUUACAUGGAGCUGUAGAUAUAAACUUACUGAUUGAAAAUGUGUUGAACAGUCUUAAUGAAACAGUUACAGAAAAGAAAACUUUAGAAGAAUUCCUCAGGUUUGUUGACAUAAUGAAACUCAAAUGUCUUUCAUCGGUACCUAUUAUAACAAUGCUGCUUGUCUGUUUGUGGUUUGAUGGAAAGCCAGACUCGAUUUCUCUGUGUGACAUAUAUGCAUAUAUGAUUGAAAUGAUGUUUAGUAGAAAAGAUCGGCAUGUGCCAGUAGUUACGCAGACUGACAUUCAGUUACCGCGAUGUUUCAAGGAUAAAAAUUGUGUACAGAACAACUUCAACAUAGUCCAGACGAUGGCUGAACUUGCUUUUACGAAACUAUUUUCGAAUGACCGAACUUCAUUCCUGGUUUUUAAGGAUGUUGACAUUUUAGCGCAGGAUAAUCUUGUUUUUCUUUUGAAAUCGGGAAUCUUGCGAGAAACUAAAUCAGCUUCUUUAAUUAGAAGGGAAUCGAGAUACUCGUUCAUUUACAAGACUGUUCAAGAGUUCCUUGCUGCAGUACACAUGCAUUAUAAUCCAGAUGAUAUUUAUAGAAUAUUGACACCCUUUUAUGAAGAGAACGGUGAAACGUCUGAUAUUUCAGAAGUGUUUACUUUCUUGUGCGGUCUGAACAUUGAGUUAGCAAAUGAGUUGUCUGCCAUGAUAUCAAACAGUCUAUGCCUAGACAACCAAUCUUUCACGACUGAAAGAAGAGUCAUUCAAAUACAGAAGACCAUUGUUUCAGGUUAUAAGGAGGCCAAAGCUAGUCAAGUAUUGGGUAUAAAGCUUUCACAGUUUAGCUUUGAUUUUAGUUGUACUACCGAUCCUGAAAUAUUAGAUGACUUGCUUUCGAUAAACAAGUCUAAUGUACGUUAUAUCAAGACCAGUACAGAUAAUUGCCCGGCGAAACUACAGGAGGUGUUUUGCAGCUCCUCGGAAACUUUAAUCAAUGUUAAGAUAUUUUCCACUGCUGGACAGUUUGACCUUUUGGCAUGCAACAGCCUCAGAUGCUUAUCAAUAUAUGGAACGAAAACAACUGCUAUUGUGGUCAAUACAAAUAGAUUAAUUGCAUUGGAUCUAAAUUGUGUUUCAAAACUUGUAGAAUACAGUAUUUUGCAGUCAUUCGACGGUGGAUUGAACGAAUUGGAACACUUGAAGAUAAGGAGCAUUACAGACAUUAGUUUACUCCGCCUCAUUCUUCCACAGCUGAUUCAUUUACAAUACAUUGCCAUAGACACCGGAGACCUCGGUGAUGACGCUUUGCUCCUCCCUCGUUCUAUGAAAAGAGUUGAACUAUCAAAGGUAAAAAUGAGUGCACGGUCGUUUAAACAGAUGAUUGGGAGGAUGGAAGAAAGAACGGAAAAGAAUGACGAUGUGACGUGUAAAUUACUGAAAUGUAGUGUGGGACCAAACUCAGAGUAUGAGGCGGUUAUAUCCGAUGUUAAAAGAAGGGCAGAUUAUUGUUCAGAUAUCGGGCAAAAAUAUGUCUCUCUUACUUGCCAAAGAUUUAGGGCUGCUUCCAGGGUAGAAUAAAUACGUCUGUAAUAUGGUGAAAUGUCUGAUAUUUCACAAGUGUUUAUUUUCAUGUGCUCUUACUUGCCAAAGCUCAAGUAAUGCUUCCGGAAGAAGAAUGUACUGGUAUCCGGAUAUUAAUAAAUAAAUUCUAAUCAAAAAUGGACAAAAAUGUCGUUGGCAUGUUUCAUUUUAAUAUGAAAUAAUAUUAAUGAACGUGGCCUGAUCAUUUAUCUGUUACAUGCCAAGUAUAGAAUUUAUGUUUGUUUUAAUAUUUCCAUUCUAUAUUGCAAUACAUUUGGAAGUUAUAAAUUGUAAAAUAAUGUUCACUAUCUUGCAUUUAUAUCUUGAAAACAAGAGAAAUAAUCAGAGCGUCUUGCUUUUUGAUCCUUAUAUCUGUAACCUGUGACUCUCUCUCUAUAUAUCGGGCUUCAGGCAUAAGUCCUACAAAUAAAAUAAUAAAUUGUGAAAAAGACAAUAAAAUUACCGUGAUGUGUUACAAUAAAUAGAAAAGUCUUUCUUUGAAAGUAAUGGUCCAUUAUCCAUUUCAUAAAUAGUGUUGUUUUUAAGUGUGUAUAUGGGGGGAUUAUUGGCAUUCUAACACAAAUAAAAUGUACGUUUUCUGACCAAGUAAUCGAUAUUUCCUUUUGUUAUGAGUCAAAACAUGAUCGCGCCAUACAUGCGUAUUACACUAAACGUUGUUUGAUAUGCCAUAUUGCCAUAGCCAAUACAUUGAAUUUCCAAAAAGCAAAACAUGCUUCCGGUAUUGUCGACAAGCAUUAAGAAUAUUGUUGUAGCUUUUUUCAUUUAUUUUUGCAUUUUAAGCGUAAGAAUGAUUCAUAUAAUCAUGUUUUGAUUGUGAAACGUAUGUUCCGUCGAUCACAUGCAAACAAAAUCAAUAAAACAGA